AUGAAGUUUUAUAUUUUGGCAAUAUUUCUUUCAUCAAUAGCUGUAUUUACUUUUGCUAAUUGGGGAGAUCAUCUUCAAGAUAUCGGAGCUCCAAAUUAUACAUGUGAUGAUGUACUUUUUAAAAAAAGUGCAACUGUUCCAAAAAGUGUACAUAGUUUAAGACCUGGUGAUAUAAAACAUGUUAUGGCAAUUGGUGAUUCAUUAACUGCUGCUAAUGGUGCUGGAGCUGAAGAUCCAGUUAGUAUUUUAUUACAAUACAGAGGUCUUGCAUUUUUAGCAGGAGGUGAUAAAGGAUUAGAAAAACAUAUAACAAUUCCAAAUAUUUUAAAAAAAUAUAAUAGUGAAUUAUUUGGAUAUUCUCUAGGUAUUGGUAGUCCUGAUGUAUGGCCUGUCUCUUAUUUAAAUGCAGCUGUACCAGGAGCUGUUGCAUUAGAUCUUCUUGGACAAGCUAGAGAUUUAGUUCAUAAAAUUAAAUCACACUCUGAUAUUAUUGAUAAUGAAAAUGAUUGGAAAUUAUUAAAUAUUUUUAUUGGUGGAAAUGAUGCUUGUCAUUUUUGUAAUCAUCCACAAGAUUCACCAAAAGCAUUUGCAAAACAAAUUGGUGAUGCUAUUCAAUUUAUUAAAGAUAAUGUACCAAAAGUUAUUGUUUCAUUAACAGGUAUGCUUCAUUUAGAGAUGGUACGUCAAAUUGAUAGAAAUGAAUUUUUCUGUCAAGCUUUACAUGUUGAUGAAUGUCAUUGUGAGUCAGAUUCAGACUAUACAUCAGAUCAAAUUUUUAAACUUUGUAAUGCUAUGCAAGAAGCUGAGGCUGAACUUAUGACAAGUGGACAAUUUGAUACAACAGAUGAUUUUACUGUUGUUGUUCAACCAUUCCUUAAAGAAACUGUUGACCCACCAAAACUUUCAAAUGGUACUGUAGAUAUUGCUUUCUUUGCACCAGAUUGUUUCCAUUUCAGUCAAAAAGGUCAUGCAAUUGUUUCAUCACAUCUUUGGAGAAAUAUGGUAGAACCAGUUGGAAAAAAAACAACUAAGGUUGAUCUUAGUUCAGCAGAUCUUCCAUUAGCUUGCCCAGAUAAAACUUGUCCAUUUAUAAGAACAACAAAAAAUUCUCAAGACUGUUCUAAAUAUUACACACCACCUGCUAACUAA